CCAUUUGCAAUUUGCAAUUGGAUUUGGAUCUGAAGAUGACGACGAGAAAGAAGGUGAUUAAGAGGUGCAAGAUCAGAGGCUUCACUCUUAAAUCCGGCGCCGUCGACGAGAUCCUAUCCUUCGUCUCUCAAUUCGACGACGCCGACCACGACGGCGCCAUCGAUGUUGUCCUCGAGCAGCUCCAGCUCCAACCCCUUAAGUCUUCUAUAAUAGACGAGCAGACCGUCCAGAGCGUCGUUAGCAUUUUGUCACAGGCUGACGCCGCCGUCGGCGACGAAACCCUAGGUGGACUGGGCGUGUGCGACGCCUUUUUGAUCCCCAAGUUCCGAUAUGAUCCAAUCAAGAAGAUUUUCUACAAGCCAAGUGAGAGCCGGCCCCCAAUUCAUGGUAACGCGUCGGCGAAAGCGGCUCUGUAUAGGGAUAGGUUUCUCUUGAUCUCCCAGAGGCUAUCUCGCCAUCAGCAUUUCGCCAAGCGAGCCUUUGAAUCUGAAAUGUCGGAUUUCGGCAGCUGUGAGAUAUCUCAAAUUCAGUCUCUGGUUGGACAAACCGGGAGGAGAUGGGUGAUGGGUUUGAUAUCACAGCUGGAGGACGGUCAUUUUUACUUGGAAGACCUUACUGCGUCUAUGGAAAUCAACCUAUCCAAUGCAAAGAUAACUACGGGAUUCUUUACAGAGAACACAAUAGUUGUUGCAGAAGGCGAGAUGCUUUUAGAAGGUGUUUUUAAGGUUGUUACAUGUGGAUUUCCUCCAUUGGAGGAGAGAGAGAAGUCGGUCAAAUUGCUUGCAGGACAUGACUUCUUUGGUGGUGGUAUACUAACAAAAGAAGAGACGGUCAGACUUGCAGAUUUGGAAAAGAGAGCAGUUAAUGACAUGUUUGUCAUACUUUCUGAUAUUUGGCUGGACAAUGAAGAGGCUAUGGCAAAGCUAGAGAGGAUCCUUGAUGGCUAUGAGAACCAGGAACUGGUGCCUUCCUUAUUUGUGUUUAUGGGAAAUUUCAGUUGUCACCCUUGCAACCUUUCCUUCCGGCCCUCUAGUCUCAGGUUGCAGUUUGGCAAGCUAGGACAAAUGAUUGCAGCUCAUCAACAGCUAGCAAAGCAUAGCCUUUUUCUGUUUAUCCCAGGUCCUGAUGACCCUGGUCCUUCAAAAGUUCUACCCAGAUGUGCUUUACCAAAAUAUAUAACAGAAGAACUUCAGAAACACAUACCAAAUGCCAUGUUUUCAAGUAACCCUUGCAGAAUAAAGUUCUAUACCCAAGAGCUUGUAUUUUUUCGUCAGGAUUUACUGUACAGAAUGAGCCGUUCAUGCCUGAUCCCCCCUUCGACAGAAGAAACUGAUGAUCCCUUUGAGCAUCUUGUUGCUACAAUAACCCAUCAAAGUCAUCUAUGUCCACUCCCUCUUAAUGUACAACCCAUUAUCUGGAAUUAUGAUCACUCACUCUAUCUCUAUCCAACUCCACACACGAUAGUCUUGGGUGACAGAAGUGAGCAGAAGGCUUUCAAAUACACAGGAAUCACUUGUUUCAAUCCUGGUUCCUUCUCAAGAGAAGGCACAUUUGUGGCAUAUUAUCCUUGUACCCAGGAAGUCGAAUUGUCAGCCUUAGAGGAUUCUGAUUCAAUGCAGUAACAGCAAGCUUUUGCUCGGCGGACCUGUUCUUUAUUUGCAGAGUUGGAAAUUGGAACCUAUAGUCGGAACAUAGCGCUCACCAAACAAAUAUCGAUUUUGGAAACCCCACUAUCAGAAGGCUAGCACUUCGAUCUGUUGUACAGAUUACUAGGAAUUGUCAUUGCUAUUUACGGUCACAACUAGGAAUGUUUAUUAUAAGGUUGAAAAAUUUUCUUUUCUUUUAAAAUCUAGAGAUAUAUUUGUAAUUGUAAACUAUUUGAUAUAAAACUAAUUCGACACAA